UAAGUUCCAGCUUGCGGUCAAGCAACGCUUUAGUACGGGUUUUGAACGCGUCGCGUACGAAGCUCAUAAAAAGGAAAAGCAAUAUUUGCAAAGAAAGGAUAUUGGAAAUUUUAUUUUCAAAUCCGACAGCUUCGAGUUUUCCGGUCUACGUUAGUGUGUGUGUGUGCGGGUGAAAGUUUUCGAAUUGAAAAGAAAGAAAAAUAAAACGGUUAUGUAUUUAGUGAUUCCAGUGAGGUUUAAAUACUUUAAGAAUAAAUAAAGUUUAAAAUCGAGAUGUUUAAAAUUCACGUUUAUAUGAAUAUCAAGCGCAUAUACAUACAUAUGUACAUAAAUAUUUAAAAUAUAUGUGUGUGUGAUAAAUAAAACAUAAGUACUUGCAAACGCUGUUAUCAGUUUCAAAAAAGUUGUGCUUAUAUUUCGUUCGUGUGUGUUUAAAUAAAAAUUGAAUGAAUCGCAUGAAUCUGUGAACCACCAAUGAAUUGCGCGCAGACUAAAUGUAAUCUGCAAAAAAAGUAUAGUUUAACCUAAAAAAGUGAAAUAAAAUAAGCCAACAUCGAAAGUGCUUUGGAAGGAUUUGAGAAAUAAGAAACAUUUUUAAAUAAUCCAAAAAAAAUACUAAGCAAAAAAUUUGCCAGAAUGCCGGGCAACAAGUGCUCAAUUUUAUUGUUCGUAUUGUUGUUGGCUGUUCUCAGUGCGAGUGUGGGCGCAUUUCAUAUCAUCGCUUUGAAUCGCCAAUACGAAUAUGAGUAUGUCGGUACGGUGGCAGUUGGUGCAAAGGCACCACAAGAAGAUGAACAUCCGGCUCCGCCAACUUCCGGUUGGAUUGUGCGCGGCAAGUUGACGUUACAACGACAAACGGCCAACGUUUUAGCCGCAGCGCUUGUCAUCGAUGAUAUAACACUCAAUAAUUCCGGUGAGAAAUUCCUGCAGAAUAAGGAAAUGUAUCCACCCUACAAGCCCUUCAAAAUCGUACUCACACAAGACGGCACCGUCUCACAUCUCUUCUUCAAAGAAGCAGAUCCUAUUUGGUCGACGAAUUUCAAACGUGCCAUAGCAUCUAUACUUCAAUUUCAAGUUGAAUCUACCGGCGCUUUCGUCGUAGAUGAGAUCGGCAUACAUGGCAAAUGUUCGACAGAGUAUUUCGUAUCGAACAAAACCAAUUACAUUUCCAUACGCAAAACACCGGAAUUGAAGAAUUGCACACCCUUUUCGGAAGCCAUACACGUGACACGCAGCAAUGUGCCCUCGAAUACGUGUGAAUUCGACUUUCAAAAGAAUGUCAUCAUCGGCAACGAAGCCAUUUAUGGCAUGUUACCACACCCAGUGACUGGCUACUUCCUCAGCAUGGCUCAUGUGAAGGGCACAACUUUGAUACACACAUUUGAGUCGACGGGCGAGGCGCAAUUUAUCAACUCGGAACUCUUACUCAAUUUCUUGAAUGAGACGUCUCUGGACAAUCCCAUUGAUAUUGAGACUUCCAUGUGCUCUGAGAUAUCGGGCCUUGAGCUAUUACCCAUCGAUAUUAACGAUCCGACAGGUGGUCGCAAUCCGCAGCUGCAAGAGUCAUUAAUGACAGCCGCAUCCAGCAUGUUGAACAGCCUUGCAGAGGGUCUGGAAAAUUCUGAGCUACAAUUUGGCGAACCUUAUGACACAGCGGUUUCAGAUUUGAUAAAAGUGCUCUCCGAAAUGGAUUACGAUUCGGUGAAAAAACUUUAUAGAGAUGUGGAUAUAGGAACUUCGUACCGGCAAGAGACUAUAAGGAAUAUUUUUCACGAGAUUAUACCGCGUAUCGGCACUAAAGCGUCUGUAUUUUUAACGCGAGAUUUGGUGCUGGAGAAAGAUCUUAAGUCUACGAUUGCAGUGCAACUUUUAAUUUCAAUACCCUUCCAUAUAUUCGAGCUGUCGCUGGAAUUGGUGAAAGAAUGCGAGGUCUUUUUGACAUUGGGCCCUGAUCGUCCAGACGUGCACCAAGCGGCAAUUUUGAGUUUCUCCACACUGGUACACAACGUUUUCAUGGCUGGCCGCAUUAAUAAGGACGUUUUUGAGGAAUAUGUACAAAAAUACUUUAAUCUUUAUUUGAAUAGUCGUGACUAUGAAUUAAAAAUGCUGUACCUACAAGGCCUAAGCAAUCUGCAGGUGGGCAACGUAGCCAACUACCUGGAUCCCAUUGUUAGUGAUCCGAAUGAAAAUGAGGAUAUCAAAUUCUUGGCUGCUUGGGCGACCCUCUCGCUAGCCACCGAACGCGCAGAACGAAUCUAUGAAAUUUAUUGGCCCAUCUUUGAAUCACGCAAUGCCAGCUUGGAACUGCGUGUCACUGCUGUUACUCUUCUACUUAUUUCAAAUCCGACAGCAGCACGUCUUAUCAGUAUUCAUCGCAUCAUACAAAGUGAAACAGAUCCGCAUAUGAUUAACUAUUAUCGCACCACCAUUACGAGUAUAUCCGAGACGACUUAUCCUUGUUAUCAACAUCUCCGCCGUCUGCUCUCGUAUAUGCAUCGACAUUUACCACAAAAGCCCGAAUCUCGUUACUGGGUCACCGGAAAUUAUAUUUUCGAUUAUCGUGAUUCGAAAUUCGGUAUUGGCGCUAUGUUGCAAGUAUUUUUGGUAGGUGACUCGAAAUCAGACUUGCCAGUGGUUGCUUAUUUCAAGUUCGAUACAGAAGCUUUGGGCAAAUUUACCGGGCAAUUGGCGCUCUAUAUCAAGGCACGCGGUCUACCCGAUGCCAUAUUCCACAAAUUUUUGAAGAAUACCGCAACGCCCUUAAAAUUCGAACACAUCAAGGAAUUAUUGCACGCCCUGAAGGCGCCAAUUAUUGAAUCCAAACCGCUGCAUCUUGAAUUUAUCCUACAAAUGGAGGGUAAAACAGUUUUAUCGUAUUACCUGAAUCAGAAAACUUUUCAAAAACUAACCUACUCCGAUCUUAUCAAUCGCGUCAGUUUUAUCAUACGCGCUGAUAGCCACAUCAAUAUGCAAACCAUUCGCUGGCCCUUCAUGACCAAAUAUUCGGUACCCACAGUUUUGGGCACCGCUUCCGAUGUGCUACUCCAAACCACUGUACUCACUUCACUGCGUGGCAACAUUACACAACAUCGCACCAAUGAUGUCAUGAAAUCAGCGUUGGAGAUUGAUGCCCGUUACUCGUCGUACGCAUCAUGUCGCAGUCGUAGCUAUAAUCCAUUCUUGAAUUUGGAUCAUGAAAUCAAUCGUGAACAGGGCUUCCUUAUCUAUGUGCCGUUCAAUACUGAUCUAAAUAUGAAUAUUACCAGCAAAUGUUUGCGUUAUUCCUUCCAGCGUCCGGAGAAUAUGACAAGUGGACUUUCAUUUAAAUCGCGUUCGAUUACUUCGACGCGUGGACAGAUAACAAAAGCUACCCAGCCUUUUGAUGAAGUCUUGUAUCCCGAAAGGCUUGUGGAUGUGUUCCAGCUGUUCAGAUACGACACAGACGAUUUGGGCAUUUCAGUGUCCAUUAAAACAAAUCUAAACGAAUUGAAUAAGUACCGCGGCAUGCUGCUCAAGUCAGAGUUUAUGGAAAACGGUUUCUCGCGCAAUAUGGUCAUAAACUUUAUAAUGUAUGUUUUUGGUGUUGCACAAUUGAGUUCGAUACAUCUUGGACAUGACCGAAACUUUACGAUGCUUGUGCAGAAUGAAAAACCAACGAAGAUCGAUGGCUCGAUUUGUAAACAAGAUCUAAUAAACACGGCCGAUAAAAUUGGACAGCAGCUCAGCUUUACCAUGGAGCAUUCGAGUAAUUUAGACGUCUCGGAAGCUCUGCACAGCUGGAACGUUACAAUGGAUAUUUACUCCUCAACUAAGAAUAACUGGUUUAAUGUAAUUGGCACUUUGGAACGCACAUCGAAAGUCGACACUCGCGACUGGAGGGCACAAAUCAACGCCACCUAUGCGCCACUAGUUUUCACAAAACGACCGCAUACUUUCAAUAUAGACGUGGUCUUUGGCAAUGCUAGUAAAACCAACGAAAAUCCGCUUAACGUAUCGAAGGUGCACUUCUCUGGAAGAGCUGGUCCAUCGGAUUACGCGCGCGACUUCCUGCUCUCAGACAACCCUCUUACCGAUACUGAUUUUUGCCCCAAGGAAGUACUCAAGUUCAGUCCCAUACCGACUUCAAAGUACUGCAAGCGUAGCAAUUUUGAGAAUUUCACAUCGAUCACCAAAUACGAUAUGGAUUUAAAGUUUGAUAAUAUGCCUGCCUGGUUUGAUUUAUGGUCUACACGCCUCGAUCAUUUCGUAUCAGCUUUGUCUGAGAGGAAAGUAGAGAGCCUAAAUCUAGAUGAAGAAAUCAAAUUUUCCCUACAUGUGCCAAACGACUAUUUCUGGCUGACAGUGGAGGUGAAUGGCGUAAAUUGGCGCAUAUAUCAUAUACCGUUUCUGCAAAAAUUGGACUCCAAGUACGAUGCUUCACACGAGAUAUCCUACGAUUCAGGACUCAAGCGAUCCUGCUCGGUAAUAAAUGGCAUGAUUAACACCUUCGAUGAUUAUCUAAUCAAUUUGAGCGAAACCACCAAAGUGACUGUGGCAAAGCACUGUCAAACGCUGCUGGCAGCCGAUUGUUCGGCAUUACCAGAGAUGGCUGUAUUUUUGCUGCCUUCGCCGGUGAGCGGUUUAAGUGCCAAUUAUGGCCUGCGUGUUUAUAUUGGACAAAAUUAUUUCACCUUUAGACCGGUGGAUAACCAAACUAAACUGCAGGAUGAUGCGCCCAUUUAUAUCACCGUUAAUAAUAAUGAGACGACGAUAAAUUUGCGUGAAAAAUCAUAUCAAUAUCCCGUGGAUGUGAGCGACUAUGAUUUUCACGUUGAAUUGACCGAGCAUAACAUACUCAUUGUGGAGAACGCGCAAAUGCACUCAACCAUACAAUUCGAUUUAUCCAACGUGUUAAAUUUCGAAAUUUACGGACUCUAUAAGAGCAAAAUGUGUGGACUCUGUAGCAAACCGUUAAAUACAUUACAGAAUUAUACGCUCUGCAUGCAGAAUUGAGACAUAACUAUACCGAAACGGUGAUUAGACAAUGCGGACAGCACUAGGUUCACUGUCUCAGUUUUAAAAAUUGAUGUGUGUAAGAAUGUAUGUUUGCAUAUGCAUAUAAGUAUAUAUGAUUGUAGAAUUGCACUUUUAUUAAUAAAAUAAAACUAGAAACAAAAAUUAAUGAGAAAAUAUAAUAAAUUCAGAUGAUGAUCUAAUGAUGAGUAGU